AAAUCUCUCUCUUCCCUUCCCUAAAGCAAGAGUAGAUCCUCCCAGUGACUGAAAUAUCUAUUUUGUUGUUCAUAUUCAUAAAGAAGCUACACAACUGUGUACAACUAUGUAUUUUUCCCCUUGAUGAUGGUUAUAUGUUAUAUAAUUUGACACCUAGAGAAAAAAUUGAAUACCCAAAGUAUUAAAAACAUGCAAAUUAACUAACAUUUUCAAGAACAAAAAUGAGCUGCUGUUACUUUGCUGUCACUGGCUUAUUGCUCUUCCUCACCGGAACACUACCCUCCGCCGCCGCCGCACCUGAUCGCUUCCAUAAACCCUUUCGGCUGAAAUCUUCGGACCCAAAACCCCAAUCUCAAGAAUUCUUCGAGUUGACCAAUCCUCUACCGUCCGAUCGUCUGACUCCGUCAUGUUCCCUCACCGUCAUCAAUCAUUCAUUCGCCAACACAAUCGACUCCCCUCCUUUCUCCGCCCCUUACUCUCCACCUUCCGAUUGUUCUCCGCCCUGGCCGCGCGUCGUCCUCGAUUUCCGCGCUGACUCCUCCGGCGAUCAGUACGAUCGUAUCGCCGCCAUCUGGCUCGACGGCGCCGAGAUUUUCCGGACCAGCACGGCGGAGCCGACGGAUACGGGGAUCUUCUGGAGAGUCAGGAAGGAUAUCACUAGGUAUUCUUCGAUUCUUUAUAAACCCCAACUUAACGUCACCAUGAUGCUCGAGAACGUCGUUAACGACAUUUACACUGGCGUUUACGACAUUCAUGUUUCCUUCCUGUUUUACAAAGAAAACAUCGUGCCUAACGACGUUAGGUUUCCGUCAAUUAUUUCCCCAAGUCAAAAGCAUUACGACAAUUUGGGAACCGCCGAAUUGGGAUUGUUCAAAACCCCGCCAGAUUUGAUAAUCCCGAUCUCCAGCGACGGCGAAAGAGGGCAUUGGUUCAGAGUGGAAAGCGAAUCGGACGUUCACGUCAAAAAAGUCCGAUUCCCGGACAACACUAUUCAAGUCGUUUUGGAAUUAUACGCGUCGUUUCAUGGCAAUGACGAGUUUUGGUAUUCGAAUCCGCCUUAUUCCUACAUCCGAAUGAACAAUCUGACGACGGCGCGUGGGAACGGCGCAUACAGGGAAGUUUUCGUGACGAUCGACGGGAAAUUCGUGGGAUCGGAGGUGGUUUUUCCGGUUGUUUUCACCGGCGGGAUUAACCCAUUAUUCUGGGAACCGAUCGUGGCGAUCGGGGAUUUCAAUUUACCAAGCUACGAUCUAGAUUUAACCCCGUUUUUGGGAUGGUUAUUGGACGGGAAAUAUCACGAUAUUGCAAUCUGUGUCGAUGAUGCGAUAUCGUUUUGGCUGGUGAAUGCGAAUUUACACUUUUGGUUAGAUCAUGGAACUCCCAAAGUUGAAGCUCAAUCGGUGGUUUACAACAGUCCGGCGCUGGCCAUUCAAAGACGAGAAGCUUUCACAAUGCUUGAUGGGAGUUUUAGGAUUAAAGCCAAUAGGAAAAGUGAGUUUGCAGGUUGGGUUAAAUCCACAGCUGGUAAUUUCACCACCAUUGUUUCACAGCAAUUUAAGCUUACAAAUGUAGUCAGGUUUUACUUCAAUGGGACUUACAAGAUUGUUCAACAAAGAGUUAAGGCGAAGAGGGAUUCGAGGAUUCGAGCGGAUUCGGGUAAUUUGGUAGGUCGUACGGUUGUUCAGAGGCAGUAUCCAUUAAAGGUGAUCACGUCUACUGUUCCAUUGCCUCUGAUAGGUUCCUUGGGGUCCAAGGAAGAGGAAAUGUAUAUGAUGAUCACCAACGUUUCUCAUGCCUUGAGAGAACGGCGGAUCAAUGGGUUGUCUUCGAGUACUCUAAACAACCGGCAGGAAUCGGAGGGAUGGAUGAAGGUGAAGGGUCAUUCAGUUAUCUCCGGCAGUGGGAGUACAUGGCAGAAAUACAAUUACAGGGACGAGUUCGGUUGCUAUUCUCGGACCGUAUUGGCAUUGGAGGGCAAGCUUGCAAUUGACAAUACGACGUUUUCUUGUGCAUCUUCCGCGUAGUUUCAGUUGUUUGCCAUCACCAAUUUGUAUGGAACACUCCAAAUAAUACUUUGGUAUGUCGUCUAUACAGUAUGUAGUGUACGAGUUUGUGUGUCUACUUUAGCUUCUACCUUACUCUAAUGUAUAUGGUUUCUAUUUAAUACCUUCUUUGUAUUCAUCGCUAUUCGCUAGUUAUGUUUUGCACAUUUCUUUUUUCUAA